CAGCCGUCACGCUUUACGAUUGAUUGUGUCGCACGCUUUUAUAAGAGCCAGAGCCUGGACUCUGCUAGAAGGUAACUCAACAUAUCACAGGCAUGCGCAUUGGACUGCCCAGUGCUGACACACUGCAAGGUGGAUCCUUGAAAGCUUUAGUUGUGACUGUGCUCCUGAGUGUGUUUAUGUUCCAGCUGCUGCGGACAGUUGGACUGAGGGCCUUUUCCAUGGCAUCUGAGACUUACACGUCGGGCACACACUCUGCCGCCUUCGUCACCUGCCCCAACGACACAGUGGCCAAAGAGCUGGCCAGGGGUAUUGUGGAAAAGAAGCUGGCUGCUUGCGUCAACAUCGUUCCAGCAAUCACAUCUGUAUAUGAAUGGCAGGGUAAGAUUGAAGAGGACAGUGAAGUGCUGCUGAUGAUUAAAACGAGGAGUUCCAAGGUGCCUGCUCUUGCAGAAUAUGUUCGCUCGAACCAUCCGUACGAGGUGGCCGAGGUCAUUAGCCUGCCUAUUGACCAGGGCAACCCGCCCUACCUGAGGUGGAUCGGAGACAUUGUCCCUGAAUAAAGACACAAAGAUGAAUGAGAGGAUUGAUUAAUUAAUGAGCAGGUUGAACAUAUUGAAAUGUUAAUGACUGUUUUCCUUUAAAAGGCACUUACAAUAUUAAAACACCCUCAAGGAACCAAAUCUUUGUUUUCACUAAAUUUAAAAAGUGUCCAUCAUGUGAGUAAAUACGUUUCUGAACUGAUUAAACUACAUGCAUUCGGAUAUUAGACACCAGGAAUAUUCUGCAUUCUGGUAUAUUUGCCUCUAGAGGGCAGCCUUGGCUUGGUGAAAAAAUAAAUGGCAACACUUCUGACUUUUUGAACCUGCCACUAAAAUGUUCCACAUGUUUUGUAAAAGAAGCAUUUUGCAAUAAAGUGGAUUGUUUUGCA